AGAGCCCUAAGACUCCAGUUCCUGUCAGAGGAAUCCAGCCCUGGUUUUCCAACCCUCUUGAUUGCAAAUCUGGAGAGUUUUUGGAAGGCUGCAGUACCAGCCAGCCAGCUCUGUGUAGAUGUUGCUUCACCCUGAACACCAGCAGAAAAGAAGAGAUUUUUUCCAAAAGAGGAGAAGCAUGAGAAGAGAUUCCAACCUGAUUCCUUCCAGGGCCUUGGUCUAGAAUCAAUAUAGCCUUGCCUGCUAUUCUAACAGAAGGCCAAGCCAGGAGAGCAUCCAUUCAAACCCCUGGGAAGCAAACAAAAAAUCCAAUUUUUCCUCCCUUUUUUGCAGCUGUUUUUGCAAUUUCCCCACCAUCACCACCUCCAAAGGUGUGAUUUUAUUUUUUGGGGGUGCAAAACAAAAGGGAUCUCAUUGAAGCCCAUGUCUUUUCCUUCUUGUUCAGAUUGGGUUUCGAAUGGUUGGAAACAAAGAUGCUGGUGAAGCCAAGGAAAGGACAGGUGUAAAAAGGGGGAGGAAAAAAAAAAAGAAGAGGAUCUUCAUUCCAAAAGGUUUUGCUGGAUGUGACUGCAGCAGAGGAGGAGGAGGAGGAGGAGGAAGAAGGAAGGAAACCAGCUUUGUCAGGGAGGCACCCCAAGGUCUGACGGGUGCUCCAUAUGAAGACCAUGAACCCCGCUUGCCUGCUUCCCAUUCUGCUUCUGCUGCUGGAGGUCCCCAUCCAUGCGCUCUUCCCCGAAGAACCUGGCCCCAUCAGCGUGGCCCUCGAUGAAUAUGUGAAGCAGUACUCGGUCUUUGUGGGGAAUGGCAUGGGACGCUUCUCCAGCCAAGACGGGGGAGCUGAGCGCCUCAACAUCCAGCGCAUGCUGAUCGUCAACAGGACCUUGUUUGUUGGAGAAAGGGAUAACUUGUACCGGAUCAGCCUGGAACCAACCUCAGCCAGCGAGAUGAGAUACCACCGGAAGCUGACGUGGACCUCCAACCAACAUGAUAUCAACAUCUGUCGGAUGAAGGGGAAACAUGAGGCAGAAUGCCGGAAUUUUAUCAAGGUCCUGCUCCUUCGCAAUGACAACAUGCUCUUUGUCUGCGGUACCAACGCUUUCAACCCAAUCUGUGCCAACUACAGCAUGGAUGCCCUCGAACUCAUUGGGGACAACAUCAGCGGCAUGGCCCGGUGCCCCUAUGACCCCAAACAUGCCAACGUCGCCCUCUUUACAGGCGGAAUGCUCUUCACGGCCACCGUGACGGAUUUCUUGGCCAUCGACGCAGUGAUUUAUCGCAGCCUGGGAGACAGCCCGACACUGCGCACUGUCAAGCAUGACUCCAAAUGGUUCAAAGAACCCUACUUUGUCCACGCCGUGGAGUGGAAGAGCCACGUCUACUUCUUCUUCAGGGAGAUUGCGAUGGAAUUUAACUACUUAGAGAAGGUCGUGGUCUCACGAGUGGCACGGGUGUGCAAGAAUGACAUGGGCGGCUCACAGCGGGUGCUGGAGAAGCAGUGGACCUCCUUCCUCAAGGCCCGGCUCAACUGCUCGGUGCCGGGGGAUUCCCACUUCUACUUCAACGUCAUCCAAUCAGUCACUGACAUCUUGGAGAUUGACGGGAGGCCUGUGGUCCUGGCGGUCUUUUCCACCCCGGCAAACAGCAUUCCUGGCUCAGCUGUCUGCGCUUUCGACAUGACCCAAAUUGCCUCUGCCUUUGAUGGCCGUUUCCGGGAGCAGAAAUCUCCCGAAUCGAUUUGGACCCCGGUGCCGGAGGAGUUGGUCCCCAAACCACGACCGGGCUGCUGCACGGCGCCGGGGAUGCGCUACAACUCCUCUAGCUUCCUCCCGGAUGAGAUCCUCAACUUCGUCAAGACGCACCCGCUGAUGGACGAAUCGGUGCCAUCUCUGGGUAACGUGCCCUGGAUCGUCCGGACCAUGACCCGUCCUUUCCCAUUUCCUAGGUAUCAGCUUCGGAAGAUUGUGGUCGACCCAGCCGCCGGUCCCGGCCGGAACCACACGGUAGUCUUCUUGGCCUCCGACGCAGGUACCGUCCUCAAGUUCCUCGUCCGUACCAACCUCAGCCUCAGCUCAGUUGCAGCGAAGGCCGGUAGCCACAGCAUGCUGCUGGAGGAGUUUGAGACGUAUCCAAGCGAGCGGUGCGGCAAGGACAGCGGAUACGAGCGACGAUUGCUGGCCAUGGAGCUGGACAAAGCCUCUGGCUCUCUGCUCUUGGCCUUCCCUUCCUGCGUGGUCCGGGCCCCUGUGGCCAGGUGCCACCAGCAUUCAGGGUGCAUGAAGAACUGUUUGGGCAGCCGCGAUCCCUACUGCGGUUGGACCCCGGAAGGGACUUGUAUUUUCCUCGAACGCCAUCCCAGGGCGGCAUUUGAGCAAGACAUUCGCGGAGGAAGGACCUCGCACCUUGGAGACUGCGAAGGUCUGGUGACCGAAAGCUUUGUGGAUGAGCCAGACGGCCUGGUGUCAGUCAACCUCUUGGUGAUCUCUUCCGUGGCCGCCUUUGUGAUCGGUGCCGUGAUCUCAGGCUUCAGUGUGUGCUGGUUCAUCGGCCAUCGCGACCGGAAAGAGCUGGCCCGCCGCAAGGACAAGGAGAACAUCCUGUCCCACAGUGAGUCGGUGGUCAGCGUCAGCCGGAUGGGCGAGCGGAGGUCCCGCGGCCAGCCAGAGAAUCUUUUAGCACCGCUGAUGCAGAACGGCUGGCCCAAGGGGCUCAUCAAGGUCAGCCAACACGACUUGGAUUCGGGGGUGUUGCCCACACCGGAGCAGACCCCGUUGCAGCAGAAGCGGUGCCCGAAACCAUGCAGCUGGGAGUACAGCCACAAUCUUAUCAACGCCUCCUUGCGAGGUGGCGACCCGCCAUCAUCUGUGAUCCUCCUCCAUACUGGCCACAGCCCUGCAGCCCCGCACCACAUCAGUGCCGGGCGCGUUUUGCCCAUUUCAUGCCACUCCAUGUUGAUGGACCAAGAACUGGAGGGUGAGACGGUGGAUAUGCGCUACCUCCCAAUCGGCAGUGGGAGCCUUGGCAGCAGCAAAGAGAGGCCCCAUGGGGUUCCAUCGCCGCAGCUGCAGCAGCUCCCCCCUUCACACCGGCCCUCUGGGACCCGGAGCUCUUACGGUGGCGGUGAGAUGCCCAUCACGCCCCAUGACAGCCCAGACCGGCGGCGGGUUGUCUCGGCUCCCAGCGGGGAGACAGGGGACUCGGCUCCGUGGGACCCCGACAAGCCCAACUCGAACGGCGACAACAUCGCCAAGGCGAACAUCGCACACCUGAAGAGGAACCACACAUUCAACAGCGGGGAAGGACCCCAUGGGGCCCGGGCACAUCCACAGCACCAGCGGGCGCCCACAUUGGGGCCUCACCACACCCUCACAGACUUGAGCCACUUGCUGAAAUAUGGCGGGAUGGAGCGGACUGCCUCCUCCGUCAAAUAGGGGAGCCCGCCCCCGGGGGGGCAUAGCUUGGCUUGGUGGCCUCCCUCUUCACCAUGAGGGGGUGGGAUUUCGUGGCAAAACAGGGGGAACAACACAACCACGGAAGGACCCUGGUUCCUACGCGGGGAGGAAUAGAGAGGGAGUCGGACCUGUGCGCGCCCCUAAAGGAGAGGGGCAAUCAUCCCGGAAGCUUCAUUUGAGGCAACAAAAAAAGAAAAGCAAAGGGGGGGGACUGUUCUCUCUCUCGUGUGUGUGUGUGUGAGUGUGCGCGCGUGAGUGUGUGUGUAAGUUUGGGGGGGAUUUUCAUCCUGGCGCUUCCUUGUUGAACUUUUCUUUUCAUGGCACAUCUGGACACACGGCGGGCGGGCGAGAGGACGGGUGAGCAGGUCAGGCUUGGACGUUGCCCCAUCUGCUCUGCCUCUUCUGAUAGGCUUGAUGCUGUCACUUUGGGAUGCCACAAAAAAGAGGAGGGUGUAGAGAAGAUCACAGUUGGAAGCAUCUGCUCACCAGGGAAGUUGCGAAAGGGGGUAUGUCAUUGGCUUAAUAGAGAAAUUGCGGAAUGAGUUACAUCAUCAGCUCAGUAGGGAAAUUGUUGAAGGAGGUACUUCAUCGGCUCAAUAGGGAAGUUGCGGAAGGAGGUAUGUCAUCGACUCAUUGGGGAAAUUGCAGAAGGAGGUACAGCAUCAACUCAGGAGGGAAAUUGUGAAAGAAAUUCUAAACUCUGGUGCAGAAAAACAACAUAUUCUCUACCAGCCAACCUCUUGCUUUCUCUCUUUCCCCCUUUGCUUUGUUUGGGUUUGGUUUCGCUAGAACCACCCGGUGUUUACCAAUCAUGAAAGGGAAAAAACGAAUCAAAGACCAGUUUUCCUUCUUCCAUCCCAUACUAAUUUCUUUCCCUUUCGAGUGAGGUUUCUCACCCUGAGACGCUCCGUAUCCAAGACACAACAUAGCACCUUAUCCAAGUCUGCCGUUUCUUUCCUGGAUUAAGAAUUUGCUUAAGUGGUGCUAGCCUUCGGGUGUGAGGUGAGUCCUGUUUUGAUUCCAGAUCUCACACCAUUUUGGCAGGGAAGGGGAAAGGGGGAGGAAAAGUGACCCAAAGAAGGUUAGUGUAUUAUAAUAUCGGCCUGAUAUAGGUAAAACACUUGGAUUUGGAGCAGGAAAGGGAGCCAAGACUGGGACUCGUCACUUUUCUAUGCUCCGGGAACCGGAACGUAUUGGGAAUUGAUCCGAUCUGGGUGAUCUUUUGUGUUGUUCUGCUUGUGGGGGGCAGAGAAAGAGAGAUUUGAUGGAUGUGUGUUGCCCCAUAAAUGCACUUAGGGGAGGAGGUUGGGAAUCGGGAGAAAGGCAGUAAGAUCUGGAGAGACGAACCUGUACUGGUUGAAUCCAUACCGGCUCCCAUCUCCCAAAUCGGAUUCUUCCCUCCAAGAAACUAUUCCCCGGGGCGACUAUGCCCCUUUCUCUCCCGUCAAAAGGGGGGGGACCGAAAUAAGCACACUGUAAAUAGGGUGCGGGAAGCAUGGGGCCCCGGAGGUCAGGAGCCGGGCGGGUGUGACGUCCAUUUGCUCGUGACCUGUGCGCCCCCAAAAGAAACCCCCAGGACUCCUCAUCUUUUAAAUAUGCGCGUCUCUCCUGCAUGCGACAGCAGUACAAAACCUCUCUGUAUCAAUCUGGAGAAAACAAAGAUUAUCUCCCUUCCAAUAAACCUUUGUUUACAACGAA